AUGUCACUCUGUACGAAGUGCAACACUUGGUCUGAUCGCGGUACAUUUGGUGAUUUCUGCUUCGAGUGUAUAAAGGCUUCUGGAAUGAACGUGGACAAGAUGAUGUUAUUCUUCAGCAACCAGCCAACCCCAGUUCCCCCCCGCUUGGACCCUCCUGCCACCCACCAACACCAGUCUUCUCUUAGCAGCUUGUCCAAUCGCCGUCACCAAGCUGAAAAUCAGUCCAAUCCGGGGUUUGCUUCCCAUCCAGCCACCAACAUGUCUAACCCUGCUCCCCAUCCCGCCCAAAUCAGCACCACUCGGCCUUCAUCUCAGCCAUCAAUUAGUACCUCCCGAUCAUCCACUGCCCAACCUACUUAUGCAGACUUCCAGCGCAUGACAACUGAGAAACGAGUCAAGCCUGCGACCCGCAUUUCCCGGAUACUAGUGAAGAUCGAUCUCAAGAAUGCACGCCUUCUUGAUGACCUCCGCCGACAACUAUGGGAAUUCUUCUCUGCCGAGCUCCUGAACAAAGGUAAAGUAUUGACCCUUGCGACCAACCCAGAGGAUUGUACUCACCUUCAAGUUGGACUCACCCGGAUUCGGGAUCUUGACAUCUUAACUGACUUGGCCAAGCCUUCAACUCUCAAAAAGCCAGUUGCCAUUGACCUUAUGUACGAAAACCCGAUUGAAGACUGUGCCACAAAUCUUCGUACAGAUACUUCAUACUAUCCGACCUCGGCACCAACUGAGCGUCGUGUUUUACGCUCUGCAUCAAAGGCUGUCACACACCCAUCAAAAUCCAGUUCAAACCCCUCAGCUUGGGCCCUUGGAGGAGUUGCCGGAACGGUAGUGAGAGGAGAAGGAAACCUUUCACAAAAGCUUGCUUGUCUUGGGCAACCGGUGUCGUACUCCAUCAAGAUCAAUCCUGAGGGAUGGACCGUUGGCCAGCGAAUGGUUUUCCACACCAGCAAUAUUGAUCCGAUUCCAGCAAGCUCACAGCGAGUGAUGCUUCGUGGCCUCCAACACCUCCGGGCUACUAGCCAUCCCAUAACUCUCAGGGUCCACGAUGAGGAAGAAAAGAAUAAGAUUGGUCAGGGGAGCAUGCGGAUAGCUUACCCUGCCCAGGUGAAAGUAAUUGACGAAGAUGGGACCGAGAAGAUAACGGAGUGGGUGGCCAAGGUGAGGAUAAACGACAUUACUCCAACCCUAAACCCCCACGCCACCGAUGCCUUGAUGCAUGAAGCCUGUGGGCUGCUACUUCAAGAAUUUAAGAAGGCCUUGGAAAAUUGCCAGCGUCUUAGCUGGGCAUUGAAAAAGAAGGGAAGUGGGAUCCAGCUUGUUCGACAUGCAGUUGUCAUCACAGGUGACCCAGAGUGGCCAAACAAGGUUUAUUUUCUUGAGAAAAGACUUAUCGGCCCCUAUGUCAAAUAUUCAAGCAACGUCAAUUUCAAUGUCAACCUGAACCAAAUCGGAAUGGAUGAACAAUUGUUUUGGCUCAUGAACGCUUUCACGCACUGGUCUUACCUACAUUCCCAAGGCCAAAGCCUUGUCUGUGACCUCCAGGGAGUUGGUCCAAUACUUACUGACCCCCAAAUCAUCGACCUGGAUAACUCGCGUUGGGCAGAUGGAAACAACUCAUUGAAAGGAAUCAAGCAAUUCAUUACCAAUCACAAAUGUUUCACUGUUUGCACUUCCCUGGGAUUUAGCCAACCGGUGGACCUCCGCUGGCGAAAGGGAGUCUCUGUACAUCUACCAGAAACCGGCCAACCCUCAGCAAACAUGGCUUGUUCAACCGAAACACAUGUUACAGCACCUCGUUUAGUCCCCAGUCCGGAUAUCAUUAUUCAACACCCGCCUGCAACAAGACACCCACAAUCCCUUGCCCAUCUCCUGGGCACUGCUCCUUCGACAUCCCUUCCUAAUGCUGAAGAACUCCUUGCUGGCAACAACUCUAUCUCAACAACACAGGAUGGAGCACCAGAAAAUACCAGCAAUGAGUUGUGA